AUGCUGGCAACCAGGACUUUGCUUUCAAAACAAACACUGGCUGCUCUUUCUCGUCAGCCUGCCUGCUUUGUUCACCACGGUGACUAUGGCAACUGGGGAAAUACCAAUGUUGCAUUGGUUUUCUCUGGAUGUGGCUGGUGGGAUGGGACUGAUGUGCACGAGGCAGUGUACACUAUGUAUCACCUGAGCCGUAACGGUGCACGCUUCCAGAUGUUUGCUCCAAACCAACAGCAGAUGCAAGUGAUGGACCACAUGAGAAAGCAACCAGCCUCUGGGGAAAACCGGAACAUGAUGGUGGAGUCAGCUCGUUUCAGUCACGGCCAGGGAAUGAUGCAAAUGCAGGACCUGUCCAAGCUGGACGUCAACACUUUUGAUGCCGUCAUCUUUCCUGGAGGCCACGGCAUCACCAAGAAUCUAUCCACAUUUAUGAAGGACGGCAAAGACUGCAAGCUCAACAAUGAGGUGGAAAAGGUCCUUAAAGAGUUCCACCGCUCUCGCAAGCCUAUCGGGCUUGCCAGCAUGGCUCCCUUGCUGGCCUGUCGCGUGCUGCCGGGCAUCGAGGUGACCAUGGGCUAUGAGCGAGAUGAGAGCAGCCGCUGGGGUAACUGGCCUAACACAAACAUGGUGCAAGCGGUAAAGAGCAUGGGUGCGCGCCACAAUGUCCGUGAGCCAUACGAAGCCUAUGUGGAUGAGAAGAACAAGGUGAUCAGCACCCCGACAUUUAUGUGGGAGACAGACUACCAUUACCAUUAUAUAUUUGAUGGUAUUGGCAACAUGGUGAAACACGUCAUGCGUAUGUCAACCAAAUGAGCUGAGAUGAUGCUGACCUGGAUAAGGAUUACAUAGAAAGCUGGUGUUGACAUACAAAACACACCUCUGUACUGCGAUGACUUCUACAAUGAAUACUGAUAUAAAGGCUUUAGUGAAAGAGCAAAUGGCUUGUCACUGACUCGUGAUUUUUUAUUAUGAACUCAGCACUAUAAUUACUGAUAUUGGGCAACAUGUGUGUCAGCCAAAUUAGCUGGAUAAUUUUUUUUUUACGCAAGCAAAGGUGUGAACAGAUAUUUUGAGUGUUAGGGGCUCCAGUCAAGAUAAAGGGCAACCUUUCUAUUAACUUUGACCCCACUUUGGAGUUGCUUGGAGAAAACUUCACUUCGGAGUCAGUGUAAGUCAAAAAAAAAAAAAAGCGUUUUGAAGCAUGCACACCAACACAUUUGCCUUGGUUUCACUUUCAGCUGUCUUUUCAGCCCCCUGGUUUCCAAAAUGGCAGAGCUACUUUACUGCUGAAAAUGGGUCAGCCAAGAAAAGAGACAAAAGACAGGGCGAUUAUUUUCCACUUCAGUUUGGCUCAGUCUUCCCCUUCAGACAUGCAGUAUCAAACCACCAAUGGAGAAAAUGUGGAUCUUCUUGUUAGCCUCUGUUUUGUCUAAAAUAUUAUAGAUCAAUUAAUAGGCUUCAUGAGUCAUAGAAAUUUAUUUGAGAAAUUUUAAUCUUGUUUUAGGGCAUCACACAGUACUGAAACUGCUUUACUGAAAGUAACCAGUGACAUUCAUUUACAUUCAGGUAUGGGUCAUUGCUCAGUUUUUGUUCUUUUAGAUCUCAUUGCAGCGUUUGCAGUGAUGGCCCACUCUGUUUUAAUUCAUCUUGAAGACUGGAUGGGUAUCACUGUCGCCGCCCUUAAAUGGUUUCGAUCACAUCUUAAUAAUAAAUAGAAAAUCCUAUGAA